AUGCAGAAACGAACAAUAUUAUGGUACAUGACUUUUUGGGGUUUUGGAAUGAAUUUCAUGCUACGAAUGAAUCUCAAUAUAGCAAUUGUGUCUAUGGUUCGGCCAAUAACUGUGAAAGACGGAUUAAAAAGUGAAUACUAUUCAAAUCAUAGUCUUUUGCAGAAUACAUCAUAUUUGACUGACUCUAACACAGAUAAUGGUAAUGUCUUCGAAUGGGAUGAACACCAACAGAAUAUAGCUAAAGGAUCAUUUUUUUGGUUACAUAUGGUGUUACAAAUUCCUGGUGGUUUAUUAGCACAGAAAUUCGGAGCUAAAUCCAUAUUUGGCUAUAGUAACGGCUUAGUUGCUCUACUCACUUGUGUGAUACCUGUGUCGGCAAAAUUUAAUUUCAAUGCUUUGAUUUUAAUACGAAUUAUUCAAGGUCUCAUAGCUGGAUUAGCGUGGCCAUCAAUGCAGGCGAUGACGGGCAAAUGGAUACCACCCCACGAAAGAAGCCGUUUCGUGUCAGCAUAUUUAGGUACAUCUGUUGGAACGGCUGUGACUUACAUAGUUUGUGGUUACUUAAUGGAUUGGCUAGGUUGGGAGAGUGUGUUUUAUAUUACGGGGUCAAUUGGUUUGCUAUGGCAUAUAUGUUGGACUUAUCUUGUAUAUGAUUCACCAAGAAUACAUCCGACUAUAACUGAGAAAGAACUAAAAUACAUAGAAAACAGUCUAGGCAACUCUAUAGUAAAAAAUGUAUCUUCUUCAACACCUUGGAAAUCAAUUUUGACGUCUUUGCCUUUAAUGGUGAACAUCAUAUCGCAAAUUGGUUAUAACUGGGGAAUGUACACAAUAUCCCUCCAAGCACCAACGUAUUUCAAAUUUGUGUUGGGUUUUAACUUAAAACAGACAGGUAUUUGGUCUGGUGUACCACAUUUGUUCCUAUGGCCAUUUGCAUUUAGUUUUGGUUGUUUAUGUGAUUAUUUAAUUCAAGCUAAAAUAAUGUCCAUAACGAACGUACGCAAACUGGCUUGCGUUUUCAGUAACAUAGUUCAUGGCCUCUUUAUAUUGACGUUUGCAUAUUCUGGGUGUAACGAGACCUUUGUCAUAUUUAAUUUGGUGUGUGCCGUGGUCGUGAGUGGUGCAAUUUCUUCGGGAGCACUUCCAGGAAUUGUGGAUCUAGCUCCAAAUUUUGCGGGAGUGUUACAAGGCAUAAAUGGAACAAUUGUGAUAUUUUGCAUUAGCAUUUCACCAUACAUUGUGGGAUUGAUCACAUAUCAACAGCAAACCAUAGAACAAUGGAAAAAAGUAUUUAUUGUAUCAGCGGCAUUUUGUUCAUUAACAGGAAUUGCAUUUUUGAUUUUUGGAAGUUCUAAAUUACAAAAAUGGAAUAAUGAGGAGCAGAAAGAUGUAAAAGAGAUUCAACCUAUAGUGUGA